AUGAAGGUCCAACAGCGGUUAGGGAAAAAGGGCAACGAUGGCGGCUGGGUCGGUGUCGGCGUCGGCGUCGGUUUCUGGUUGGAAGGCAAAGUCAAAAAAUCGCUUAAGGUUAACACAUCGCGAACAAUGGACGCGCAAAUGGACGCCACCAACGCCACUGCCACCUCCAUCUCCACCGGACAGAGUUUGUCUGUGAAACUGAAAAUACCGCAUCGAGUGCAACCGGAAUUCUUGCCACGUCCGGGUCUUCCCGGCCAAUACACAAACAAGCUCCACUACUUCAAGAAACAUCUGCUGGACGAGGUGGUCAAGAAGAAGUUCGCCUUGGAUUUUAUGGAGCCGGUGGACACGGUGGCCUUGCAAGUGCCCACGUAUUAUACAGUCAUUGAGCGGCCCAUGGACAUAGGCACCAUUAUCAAGCGGGUGCAUAACAAUUACUAUCGGUACGUGGAAGAGGCCAUAUCGGACUUCAGGCUGGUAUUGCGGAACUGUUUCACAUUCAAUUGUGCCGGCGACGUGGUCUACCGGAAGGGUCAGAUGCUGGAGAAGUUUUUCACCAAGAUAAUCAGGGGCAUACCGCCAGGCCCUGAGAUACCCUGCCACAAGGAUCCCAGGGCAAUGGCUCGACCGCGUGGCAUUUUGAAGGUCACAUCUGCCAUGAUCGACAUGGAGCGGGAAUGCCGCGAACAGCUGAAUCAACUCCAACACAAUUCCUCGUUGGCGGACACGCAUGCGCGCAACUUCUUCAAUAGCAAGUGGGAGUCGCUGCAUAAGAAACUGGACAAACACUACUUCAAGUCCGAGGAGGACUUUAAAUCUCAUGUGGAUGCCAUAUUCAAGAAGUAUUACGAGGGCGCCAAGAUGAUAUAUGAGAACACAUACGGGAGGACGAGUGCCCAAGCACUGGGGCUUGUUGGCGCCGAAUCCUCCUCAGCUGUCAUAAUGUUGGACGCCGCGGACGUGAGGACGCUCUGCAGGACCGCUGAGUUACUCGAGAACGGACUGCGCUACUUUGUCGAAGUAUCAAAGCAAAAAUGGGAAACCUGCACCGUCAAAGGGCUGGUCGAUGACUUUAGUGAUACGAUUAAUGCGCUUCGGGAUCGCUAUGAGAUCCAACGGUUUUUUGGCAAUCAGGACUCCGGUGUUCCGUGCAUCGCAGCCCACACAAUGCUUAGGGAAGGCGAGCUCGAUUUCUUUUCUGUACCGUCUGAUUGCGAAGCCGACUUUGAGGAGGAGAGACACACUUUUGUUGGCACCGAUGAACGUCGCAGUGUGCAGAAACUGUUCGCCAUGCUCCCGGUGCAAUCAAUGGCUGAGAUAGUGCACAUUAUACUACAAAUUGAGGGUUUUUCGAUGGAGAGCAACAAGCACAUGAACUUCGAUGUGCAGUCCUUCAAACAGGAGACACUGCAUCUUAUGAAAAAAAGCAUUACAAGGGCUGUACGGGCCACUACCAAAUUGAACUUGCGCGACAUGCAGCCAGCGGAAAAGGACGGUCUGAAACGGAGCUUAGAGCAACAAUUGCAGGACAUUACCAAAAUAUUGAAUAGCGGGCGUGCUAAAAAGACAAUUAAAGCAGCGGCCAGAGCGAAAGCACAAACUGAUGAUGGUACGCCCCAAAUGCAAAGGACCGCCACAAAUUACACCCGAACCUUGACCGACUCCAGCGGCAGCAGUGAGUCCAGUGACUCCAGUAAAACCAGUGAAUCCAGUGCAUCUAGUUCUUCUAGUGAUUCCAGUGAAUCAAGCAGCGAAGAAGAAGAGAAAUCUUCCGUUUCUAGUCCGGCCGGCAGUUCACAGUCGAACAAUGCGCCUUCUCAGGAUUGUGUCGAUGGGCCAAAUGUGUCUCCACUAUCUCAGUCUAUGCGUAGCCCUAUGUCGACCCUCAGCGAGCAACUGAUGCUAAGCAGCACCGAUAUAAGCAUCAGCAGCAGUCAGCGGAGUAACUGCAACAGUCCGGAUAACUGCGGUGAAUCCGACAAUUGUAGCUUGCCCUCAAGUAAAGCCGGCUCUCCACCCCGGACAAACGAACUAAAUCUGCAAUUUAUGUCUGAGUCUGAUCAACAUUCAAUCGAUCGGACACUUCAACUGGGCCAAGAAUCAAUGACGACCGUGUCGCCACCCCAAAUAAAUGAACAUAAUUCAACAUCUUUUGCAUUUAAGUCCGACAUCCCUCCACUUGAGAAAAAAUCAAAAACGCCUGAGUCUCAGUAUCUCACAUAUGAAUCGAAUCAACAAGCAUUGACGCCUGUAUCUAGACUUAAGCCACAUAUUUACCAACUAGAUCGUGCACCAAUUACAUCAACCUAUGGAAGAAACCAGCAAGAAUUUCUAACUGAAUGCUCAUCUCAACCUAGUAAUUAUCAACUCGAUCAACAAAUAGUUAUGUAUGGGUCCCCAUCUCAGACAUAUGAAUCAAAUCGAAAGGCACCCGAUCAGGAACCCACAAAGAAAUCUUCAAAAUUAUCACCUGUGCAGGAGUCCGAACAAUAA